GACAAUACAGACAUCGCCAUUUCCCUUUGGCCACUGGUGUGGCAACUGAUGCAGUAUUUGCUUAAUUUACUAUAACAGGGUUUCCUUUUAGAUAUGCAGACUUUUUCCUCUCCUGGAUAUCAAGGUACCUUCAUCAGGACUCUUCUGAUUUCAUGUGACAGAAACCCAACUCACAUGGGCCCAAAGUGUAUGUACCAGCUUGUGUGGUGGGAAGGACAGGGAAGAAACAAAGAAUUGAAGGUAGAAUUACCUUCCAGGACCUAGUAUAGAGCUUGGCGUAUAGUAAAUGCUCAGAGCUAUUUGUCGAGUUAAUUGGUGAAUGAGUUACAGGAACAAGGGCCUCUGAGUCUGCAUUGAUCAAAAUUUUUCUGAAUAAUCAUAUAAUUAUAUAUGAUGCUAGAGUGUAGGAGCAGUAGGACUGGGGAAAGACAGAAUGCUAUGAAAUCGGUUAGGAAGCUCUGUAAGGAUCACUGUGUGCAGUGAUGAAGGUCUGAUCAGAGGCAGAGACUGAGAAACUAAAAGGAAACAAAAGAAGAGAGAGGCCAGGGAAUGCUAAGAGGCAAAUCUAUGAACAACAAGGAGUAAACAGACCGAUGGGAUGUACAAUAAUGUGAAUUCAGGGACCUCAUGACCUAAAACCAUGUCUCACCUUCUGGCACCCUAUCCUGUAUGGCAGCAUUUGGCGUCAUUCUUUAGGAGCCUUCUCAAGGAGGGGUAUAUCUUCGAGGAUUGAGUAUGGCUACUUGGGAGGAAAACCAUGGAGGUAUAGACAAUCACACUCUCCAUUUGGUUCCCACUAGAGCAGAAAAUGACUUUAACUACUGGGGAAAAGGAAUAGCUUCUAACUUCACUGGCCUGCUCUUUCUAGCCAGCCUGAGGUUGGGGCCUCUGGUAAAAGAAGAGUCCCAGAAGGCAGAGAGAAUUAAAGAAAUAGAGGACCCAAAGAUGAAUCUGGUUUUCUUCAUUAUUUUGCUUUGCAUUGGUUUGGAUUCUCAAACCACAUACAAUUAGUUGGUGGACAGCCUCCUGAUAAAGCAUCACUUUGAUGGGUUAUGCUUUGCACCCAGGAAGCACCCAGCAUGUGGUAGGUACUCACAAAUGUUCAUUUAUUUAUAAACGAAUAAAUGAUACAUCAGCAUCUUGUUACAGGAAGGGGCCAGGGCGAAGUGAUUAAGACGCCCUGCUUUGGGUCUAGAUGGACCUGGGUUUGACCUUCAGUUCUCCUACUUGCUUGUUUUGUAACCUUAGGCAAAUUACAUCUUUGGGCUUCAGUUUUCGUAGCUAUAAAAGGGGUUUAUCGUUGUAUAUACUGCAUAGGGUGAUUAUGAAAAUUAAAUUAUGUACUCUAUUUUAAGUACUGGGCCUACAGUAAUGGCAGGUAUUCUUACUGUUAAUUAUCAUUGGUGGGGAGGAGGAAUAGAGUUCAGGUCCAAUUCUGUCAUUUAAUGAAAGUGUGAUGAAGACGGCAGUCAGGGUGGGGGGUCAACUCAUUUUUGUGCACCUCAGUUUCCCCAACUAUUAAAUAAACAACUUGGCCGAGGUGAUUUCCAAAUCAGGUCUAUUGGGUAGAAAUCGUGUUCAAGUGCCUUGUUCUGACAUAGCACGGCUUAGCAAUUUUUUUUUUUUCAUGUAACAAGAAGUGUGGAGGGGAGGGGUUCACAGUUUGUGUGGCAGCUCUGUCAGGAUGCUCUCAAGGACUGAGCUCUUUCUAUACCUUCUUUCUCCACCAUCCUUCUCAGGUGAGCAUUUGUCCUCUUGUUUUCAAAAUGGUGGCCUCUGGUGAGGAAGAAGGAAAAAUGGUGAAAGGUGAAAGGUGAAACUAGGCAGACUGUCACCUUUUGAAAAGCAUUCCUGGAGCUCUAUGACUCACUGGCCAGAAUGGGGUUACAAGUCCAUCUUUAACCACAAAGGAAGCCAGGAGAAUUUUAACUGAGCACAGUGCCUACACAGGAAAGGUGGCUUCUGGGGGUAUGGGAAAAAUGGAGGGCGGAUAUGAGGAGGCAGACAAAUGGCAGGGUUGGCUACCCAAGGCAGUCAGGAGAUAAUAAUUAUAUUACUAUAAACUUUUUUUUUGAGAGAGAGUGCAUGCAUGAGCAGGGGAGAGGGGCAGAGAGAGAGAAAGAGAGAAUCCCAAGCAGGCUCCAUGCUCAGCACAGAGCCCCACACAGGGCUCAAUUCCACAACCUGAGCAGAAAUCAAGAGUCAGACACUCAAAUGACUGAGCCACCCAGAUGCCCCAUUAAUUGUAUUACUGUAAACCUGUCUGGAUUUAUAUAGGCAGGUAAAAUUAUAUACAUAUAAAAUAUAAGUUUUAGGCCGGGGCACCAAAUUAAAAAAGGAAAAUCUUGCCCUUUGAUUAUGAGUCACUUAGAAGAAUCUCUGCCUUCUGUUUCUAGAACGCUAUUGUCUUUAAUGAAGGAUUCUGUUUCCAAUUUCUUACCUAGUUACCAAGACAGAGGUCCUACAGGAAAACACACCUCUUUAUGAGGAGACCCCUCUGUGCAGAUGUAGGGAGUUAUGUUACGAUUUGUGUAGGACUGGCUUUGGCAAUCUCAUCCUUGUCUUUUAAAAAGUGUGAAUGGGGCAUCCCUCUGUGAUCAUCAUCAUUUUUCCUGGUGGCUCCUGACGAUGUCAGUGUGACUGCUCUAUGAGGUCUCUGGAAGGCCACUCCAGGGGAGAACAAGCCUUGGAGGAGGCAAGAGAUGUUUUCUGAUGACCAACUGAAUGAAAUCAUUGUCGAGGCAGAGAAUGUUCCAUCUCGGGUUGUUCCAGAAAAGACACCAGUGAACUCGAGCUUCAGUAUGGUCUCAUCCAUUUCUGACAUCGAUAUGACAGACUCUCAGAGUUUUGGCAACCCAGAUGACAAAAAGAGCAAGCAGUUGUUGAGGUUUUCCACAUCUUUGAAUGAAUCAUUUCUUCAGACCCUUCAUCGUAGCCCAGGAAGUGUGGGCAUAGACACUUCACAUGAAAACAUUCAAGGUGGACAAAAGUUAAUCGCAUCUUUGAUACCAAUGACCUCUAGAGACAGAAUUAAAGCCAUCAGGAGUCAGCCAAGAACCAUGGAAGAGAAAAGGAACCUUAAGAAAAUGGUUGACAAAGAGAAAAGUAAGCAAUCCCACCGUAUCCUUGAGUUCAACUGCUGUGCUCAGUGUCUGAACUCCGUUUCACAGGCUUACCGUAGAUCUAAGAACAGCCUGUCAGAACUGCUCAGUUACAUCAGCCUAUGGCAGAAGACAUUCAAGGUCAUUGGAGGCAAGUUUGGAACAAGCGUCCUCUCCUAUUUUAACUUUCUGAGGUGGCUUUUGAAGUUCAACAUUUUCUCGUUCAUCGUGACCUUCAGCUUCAUCAUCAUUCCUCAGUUUACUGUGCCUGAAAAGAACACCCUCCAAUUCACCGGAUUGGAAUUUUUCACCGGGGCGGGUUAUUUUCAGGACACGGUGAUGUACUAUGGCUUUUAUACCAACUCUACGGUCCAACACGGGAGCAGUGGGGCACCCUACAACAUGCAGCUGGCCUACAUCUUCACAACCGGAGCGUGUUUGAUCGUCUGUUUUUUCAGUUUGCUAUUUAGCAUGGCCAGGUAUUUCCGGAACAACUUCAUUAACCCUCACAUCUACUCCAGAGGGAUCACUAAACUUAUUUUCUGCUGGGACUUCACCGUCACUCAUGAAAGAGCUGUCAAGUUGAAACAGAAGAAUCUUAGCACGGAGAUAAGGGAAAACCUGUCCGAAAUCCGUCAGGAGAAUGUCAAGUUAACGCUCAAUCAGCAGCUGAUCCACGUGUCGGCCCACCUGGCAGCCUGGGUCGUCUCUACUGGAGUGGCCAUUGCCUGCUGCGUAGCUGUUUAUUACCUGGCUGAGAACAACUCAGAGUUCCUGAAGAACCACCAGAACCCUGGAGCAGUGCUGUUACUGCCUUUCCUCGUGUCCUGCAUCAACCUGGCAACGCCACGCCUCUACUCCCUGUUCAGGUUGGUGGAGAGGUAUGAGACGCCGAGGCGGGAAGUCUACGUCCUCCUCAUCCGAAACAUCUUUCUGAAAAUAUCAAUCAUUGGAAUUCUUUGUUACUAUUGGCUCAACAUUGUGGCCCAGGCUGGUGAAGAGUGUUGGGAAACUCUCAUUGGCCAGGAAAUCUACCGGCUCCUUCUGAUGGAUUUUGUGUUCUCUUUGGCUGAUUCCUUACUGGGGGAAUUCCUGAGGAGACUCAUUGGAAUGCAGUUUCCAACGAGCCUUGGUUUACAGGAGUUUGACAUCGCGAGGAACGUCCUGGAACUGAUCUAUGCACAAACUCUGGUGUGGAUUGGAACCUUCUUCUGCCCUCUGCUGCCCUUUAUCCAAAUGAUUACUCUUUUCAUCAUGUUUUAUGUCAAAAACAUCAGCCUGAUGAUGAAUUUCCAGCCUCCGAGCAAAGCCUGGCGAGCCUCACAGAUGAUGACUUUCUUCAUCUUCUUGCUCUUUUUCCCAUCCUUCACCGGGGUCCUGUGCACCCUGGCCAUCACCAUCUGGAGAUUGAAACCUUCAGCUGAUUGUGGCCCAUUUCGAGGUCUGCCCUUCUUCAUUCACUCCAUCUACAGCUGGAUCGAUACCCUGAGUAAAAGGCCCGGCUACCUGUGGGUUGUUUGGAUCUACCAGAACCUCAUCGGAAGCGUGCACUUCUUUUUCAUCCUCACCCUCAUUGUGUUAAUCAUCACCUAUCUUUACUGGCAGAUCACAGAGGGAAGGAAGAUUAUGAUCAGAUUGCUCCAUGAACAGAUUAUUAAUGAGGGCAAAGAUAAAAUGUUCCUGAUAGAAAAGUUGGCCAAGCUGCAGGAUAUGGAGAAGAGAGCAAACACCAGCUCGUUCACCGUGGAAAGGAGGGAUGUAGAGCAAACAAGCCCUUUGCAUGUCAGGGAACACAAUGCUGCUCAUGACCUGCGAUUUAGGCGAUCAGUUCAAGAAGAGAAUCCAAAGGUGUAAUGUUUAUUGCGGCAGCCACACACCCGUCAAAUGAAAAUACCAAGAUGGAACAACUUCUUCCAUGACCCCUGGGCCUUUUGGAGCUUCCCAGGAGGGAAUUUAAAUCAUUAGCCAGGAGCAGAAACUGACCACAGUGUAAAUGCUGAAGUAAAUUUGGCCAUUUCCUGCUGGUUUUUUAUACCUGGAUUGCUGAUUUCCCAAGAUAAAAUAUUUGGGAUUUUAAAAUAAAGACUAUUGUAACAUUUA